AUGAAACGUAAAGCAUUCGAGGAUGGAGGAUCCCCGCCGAAAAAGCGUGUUGUUUCGGAAGACGACAGCGGCAUUCAGUCUGCUUUCCGCUCAGAUCUUUUCGAGGUUGACACUCGAGAAGCUUUUCGCAAAUCCUAUCAAUCGUCGAAGCCUUAUCCACACGCCGUUGUACCCUCGCUGAUCCAAGAACCUCUUCUCCGCUCUGUGCGGCAGGAAAUCACGACCCAUAUUCACUUCACCCUGAAAGAAACAGACAUCUAUCGCAUCUACCAAUCCGGCGAUCUCGCAAAUCUCUCCAGUCUUGAUGCCGAAUCCCUCAAAAAUUUGCCCAGCCUAGUUCGCCUGAGGGAUGCUCUUUACAGCUCUGAUUUCCGGGAAUGGGUAUCAGCUGUUACCGGCGCAGGCAAAGUAUCUGGUAAAAAGACCGACAUGGCGGUCAAUGUCUACACCCCAGGAAGUUACCUGCUGUGCCAUGAUGAUGUGAUUGGGAGCCGAAGAGUCAGUUACAUCCUGUAUCUGACAGAUCCAGAUCAUCCAUGGCAACCCGAAUGGGGCGGUGGGCUAAGGCUGUAUCCCACCGAGGCAAGAAGAAACAAAGCUGGAGAGGAAAUCAAGGUCCCUCUGGCCGAACAUAAUCUGAACAUUCCCCCUUCCUUCGGUCAACUGAGCUUCUUCGCCGUUCGACCCGGUGAGAGUUACCAUGACGUGGAAGAAGUCUACCACGCACAAAGCCAUGAAAAGGAUGGAGGAAGAAUCCGCAUGGCAAUCAGCGGCUGGUAUCACAUUCCGCAAGAGGGUGAAGAGGGGUUCGAGCAAGGCAUGGAACAAGAACAGGCCCAGAAAUCCAGUCUUGCGCAACUCAAGAGCGCUUCAAAUGAGUUUGACGAACCUCAACUGGUAUUCCGUCAUUUUGACGAGCCCCGGGUUGUCAUGGAUAGUCGGGCUGUCGCAAAAGAGAUUGACCCCGGUGACGAUCUUGACACCGAAGAUGGCAUACUUACCGAGCAAGAUUUGACCUUUUUGCUUCAUUACAUGACACCAAGCUAUCUAACGCCAGACAUGAUCGAAGACUUCUCGUCUUCAUUUGCCGACAUGUCGGUGCUCCAGCUCGAGGAAUUUUUCAACCCAGCGUUCGCAGCCGAGCUAAAGGACUACAUUCACAAGGUUGAGAGGGAAGAAAAAUCCACGGUUCCCAUGUCAUCGAAAUCUCAUCACCCUUCGACGUGGAAAGUAGCUCGUCCGCCCCACAAGCAACGCUACGCGUACCUUCAAACUGGGGAGGCGCUACACCGCGACAAGUGUCCGAUCUCUCGGAUCCUAGCUGAUUUGAUACACUCGCAUGCCUUCAAGAAGUGGCUGGCACUUGUGACAGGGCUGAAGACAAACAGCCUCAUUCGCCAGAGCGCGAUAGCCCGCAGAUUUCGACGAGGAAAGGACUAUGCACUGGCAUACCCUUACCAUGGCGAGACACCAAGACUAGAGUUCACCAUUUCAAUCACUCCGAGUGAGGGGUGGGAAAGAGAUGGAGAUGCAGAUGAACCAGAACAUCGAAAACUGGCGGCUGGUGUGCAAAAACAAGCCAACGGCAGGCGGUCCUCCAUUAACGCCUCCGAGGACCAGAAUAUGAAAAAUGGGAAGGCUACCGCAGUCGAAAAGAUUUCCGUCUCCACGUCAUCCGAAAUCGAAUUCGGCGGCGAAGAAGUCUACAUGGCCGGCGACGAUGACGAAGAAGAUGGCCUGCUCAAUGGGAGCGACUCGCAGCCUCUGCCAAGUGUCGGUAAGAAGCCAGCCCGUGAUCCUGCAGUCUACAGAGCUGGAGACGAUGAGGACGAUGGCAUCCUGUUCGCCAAUCCUCCGGCCUGGAACAAAUUCAGUAUCGUGCUCAGAGACAAAGGCACAUUGAGAUUUGUCAAAUACGUAAGCCAGGCGGCACGGGGCGACCGCUGGGAUUUGAAAGGCGAGGUGGAGAUUGAUGAAACUGGUUGGGACGGAGGAGUAGGCAGCGGGGCAGAAGAGUCGGAAGAUCCAGAUGAGGAGGAGGACGACAUGAAUGAAGGAGCUGCCGACGAAAAUCUGGAAAGCCAUGACGAAGACGAUGUCUGA